ACGCAGCACAAGCUGAUGAACACACAUGAAGCACACACAAAUCGCCAUGGCUGACCUUCCACUCUACCUACUCGUGAUCCCUCUGCUCCUCGCCAUCCCACUCCUCUACCUCCGCCGCCGGUCAACGCGCGGGCAUGGCAGCAGCGCGCUACGUCUCCCUCCGUCGCCGUGGGCGCUGCCGGUCAUCGGUCACAUCCACCACCUCGCCGGCGGCGCGCUCCCGCACCACGCCAUGCGCGACCUCGCGCGGCGGCUCGGCCCGCUCAUGCUGCUUCGCCUCGGCGAGCUCCCGGUCCUCGUCGCCUCCUCGGCCGACGCGGCGCGCGACAUCAUGCGGUCCAACGACCUCACCUUCGCGACGCGGCCCAUCACCCCGACGGCCAAGAUCCUGCUCGGCGAGGGCAGCUACGGCCUCGUGUUCGCGCCCUACGGCGACGGGUGGCGGCAGCUCCGCAGGAUCUGCACCAUGGAGCUCUUCAGCGCGCGCCGGGUCCGGUCCUUCCGGGCCGUGCGCGAGGAGGAGGUCCGCCGCCUGCUCCAGUCCGUGGCCGCGUCGACCUCGCCGGUGAACAUGAGCGAGAUGGUGUCGGCGUACGUGGCCGACGCGUCGGUGCGCUCCAUCAUCGGCAGCAGGUUCAGGGACAGGGAGACGUUCCUGCGGCUGCUGGAGCGGCGGCUCAAGAACGUGCCGGCGCAGAGCCUGCCGGAUCUCUUCCCGUCCUUGCGACUGGCGAUGCUCCUCAGCCCGACGCCGCGCCGGAUGCGGAGCCAGCGGGAGGAGAUGAUGGCGUUCGUCGGCACCAUCAUCCAGGAGCACCAGGAGAACAGAGCCACCAGCGUUGACGAGGAGGAUUUGCUGGACGUGCUCUUGAGGAUACAGAGGGAGGACGAGCUGGAUCCACCGCUCACCACCGAGAACAUCAAGGCCGUCAUCAUCGAUAUCUUUGGUGGGAGCAGCGAGACAUCGGCGACGACGCUCCAGUGGAUCAUGGCGGAGCUCAUGAAGAACCCGAGAGUGAUGCGCAAGGCGCAGGACGAGGUCCGGCGCGUCCUCGCAGGGCAGGAGAUCGUCACGGAGGACAGCCUCGGCGACCUACAUUACCUGCCACUCGUCAUCAAGGAGGCGCUCCGGUUGCAUCCGCCCGCGCCUCUGCUGAUUCCGCGGGAGUGCCGGAGCCCAUGCCAGGUCCUCGGGUUCGACGUGCCGGCGGGAGCGAUGGUGCUCGUCAACGCGUGGGCGAUCGGGCGGGACCCGAGGCACUGGGACGCGCCGGAGGAGUUCGUGCCUGAGAGGUUCGAGGACAGCGGCGUCGACUUCAAGGGGAUGGACUUCGAGUUCAUCCCGUUUGGCGCGGGGCGGCGGAUGUGCCCGGGCAUAGGGUUUGGGCUGGCCAACAUGGAGCUUGCGCUCGCUUGCCUUCUCUACCACUUCGACUGGGAGUUGCCGGACAGGAUUGAGCCCGACGAGCUGGACAUGACGGAGAGGCAGGGGAUCACGACCCGCCGGCUCUCCGACCUCUUGCUUGUCCCCACGGUCCGCGUGCCGCUCUGAGGGAAACGAUAUUCUAUUCUUGAAUUAAUCGAAAAUGAAGAAGAAUAUACGCCGGCAUGGCUGCGCAUUACGGUCAGAGCUGCGCGAGGCAGGCCUAGUCCAGGGUGUUGUGCCUCAAGGUGAAGGGGAGUGCUGG